UAUUCCGUAAUAGGUGCUCUGGCUGCCGAGGCGAGUGGUUCGUUCCGAAUUUAUCUCCGAAGCCCUGGCAUUCGGUUUUCUUCGGGCUGGCUCGGAAUUGAUUGCUAUGUGCUUCGGAAACUUGUGGGAAGAAUGCCGAAAAGAAAUGGAUUUACGAAAUAUAUGCUAAGUCAACAGAACGAGUUGAAACUCCAAGAAGCAGCCUUAAAGAAUGACGUCGAACAAACCAAAAAAGUGCUCGAAUCCAAGGUGGACCUCAACUCCAAGGGGCACCUGGAUCGUACUCCGGUGCACUGGGCAGCUUCCAAGGGCCACAUUGAAAUUCUGAGCUUACUUAUUCAGGCGAAGUGCGACAUCGAAGUCGUCGAUAAGUUCGGGAUGACUCCCCUCCUGAUGGCUGCGUGGUUUGGUUACAAAGAGGCCGUCCAGCUCCUGGUGCAGGCGGGGGCCAAUUUAAGAGCUGUCAACAGGCAAGGCCAAACGGUCCUCCACUGCGCCGCACAGAACAACCAGGAGGAAAUCAUUAGUUUCCUACUCGAGAAUGUCGAAAAUCUCUGCGUUAAUGCCGUAGAUAAGAACGGAAUGACAACCGUCCAUGUGUCAGCUGCAAACAACUGCAUGGCAAUCGUUGAGAAAUUGAUCCAAGCUGGAGCAGACAUCUCCAUAAAGGAUAAGUCGGAGCGAAGUCCCGUGCACACAGUGGCGAUAAGGGGGCACCACCUGAUCUUGGUGAGGCUCUUGCGCGUCGGAGUGGAAGUGGACGAUAAAGAUGAGGACGGGAAGACGGCUCUCCACCUGGCAGCAGAAAACGGCCACCAGAAGGCGCUGCUAACUCUCCUGGAGCACAACUGUGACAUCGAGGCAAAGGAUACAAAGUCGAGGACAGCCCUCCACAUAGCAGCUUCCUUGGGAUACUGUGAUAUUGUAGAGACUCUUCUCAAGUUUGGAGCUUGCCUUGGAGUUACAGAGAAGCACGGGAACACCCCUCUCCACCUGGCAGUGCUGGGAAAUCACCCUGAAAUGGUGGCGCUACUCAUGGAAAAAGGAAUUGCUGUCAACACCCUGAAUGCCCGGCAGCAGACGGCCCUUCAUCUGGCAGCCGAGCUGGGCUAUUCGGAAGUGGCGGAAGUGCUCUUAUCGUACGGGGCUGACCUCUCCGUGCCGGAAAAGGGAGGCAGAAAGGCGUUAUACAUUGCAGCUAGAGGGAGCUACACUGCCAUCGUCGAUAUGCUCAUCAAAGUGGAGAGAAGCCAAACUCUAAAACCCGUGAUGGACAACGAAACGGAGGAGAAAACGGAUCCCCAGUGCAGUCCGGAGUGCGUACGCCAAAUGGAGCGCCAAGCCGAGGCGCAGCAGGCAUCGAUGCGGGACCUACUGUGGACACUGUCCAAAAACUACCUGGACGAGCAGGACUGGAAGAAGCUAGCCAGACACUUUGGAUUCACCGAGGAGCACAUCAAGGCUAUCGAGCGGCACUACACCGGCAAAUCGAGCUACAAGGAGCACGGAUACCGUAUGCUCCUGAUCUGGCUCCAAGGACUUCCUUCCUGCAAACAUCCUCUUAAAGAGCUUUAUGAAGCCCUCACUGCCAUAAACAAGAGGGACGUUGCAGAGAAGAUUCGUCGGAAAGCGGAGGAGCGCCCUCCUCAGCGUCGCAGUUGUCGUGCCAACAGGUUCUGUGCCUUCUGCACGCUCAUGUGACAUAGGACUCCCCCCUACAUCAUCCGUGCCUUACAGGGACUACUCGCUGGUGCUCUCAUUCCAUCUCAACCCCGAUGUAGGUGGUGACCCCUCAUUCUCUCACCAGGCUGCAAGGAUCAAGAAUCACGUUUAGGGGGUGUCAGGUGAUCAAGAAGAAACACUUCCAGUUAAUGAGUAAUCGUCCUUUUUUUAAUGAUGAAGAUUCAAUCAUUUGAUAAUUAAAAAUCUUUUGAUAAAAAAAGCAAUGUAAAGAAUUGUACCUCAAAAAUAUCUUGAAUUGAAAUCUUAUUGGAUGGUUCUGGUUGAAUAGGGUAGAUUUAUGAUGCAUAAGAUUUGCAUUUUGGCUGCUGUUUUAGGAAAUUCGUGGAAGAAUGUGUUGCAAAUUAGAACAGAGGAUGAACGUUUAACCUUGAUAUUUAACGAUAUAAUUUGUUAUUCCCCCUCAAGCAUUGGUCAUAAAUUUUCAUAAGUAAUUUUGGUUAACUCAACCUGUGAACUCAAAAAAACUAAAUAAAUAUUCAAAUAUUUUUUUUAAAUCUUUAUUUGUACGCAUUAGGGUCUUUUCUAAUUUCGUGGUAAAUGAUUCUUGAAUAUAUAUCUCUUAGAGAGUAUAUUAGUACUCUUAUAGUCUCUGUAGAGAGCACAGUACUUGACACAACUAUUUUUCCAUAUGAAUCCGCGUACAAUGUCAUGUCUGACAUGUAUAUCGAACUAUAGGAAUUUUUUGUUCAUAAAGUAGUAAGUAAAUCUUAAGAAAUAGAAAGAUCGUUUGGACGUUCUUUUAUAUCUCCAUGAGGUUCCGUUCUUCCAAUUUGUGUUAAAAAUAAUAAUAAGUGUCUCCAACAGGAUGUGUCCUCUAAUUAGGAGAUUAAAUAAAUUUUUUUAUCGAUUUAAUCAAUAUAAAUCCACUUAAAAACGCCAUUUUAAAAUAUGGCUGUUUCCAUAACUUAGAAAAAAUAUUUAUUUUUCUUAAAAUUAACUUUUGCAUUAGAAAUAACAAUUUAAAUAUAAUUUCGGUCAAUGAAUCUAAAGUUCAUGUCAUGGCGAUUGUUUCUCACUGAAUCUAUGCAUCCAUAGUAUCAGCUAUAAUAAAGUUAAUAAGAAACAUAUUAUAAAAAUUCAGGGAAUAGAACAAUAUCGAAAUUAUGUCUCAAUUCAGAAUGAAGAUGAAUAAAUCCUUCUCGGAUGUACAAAAAUUCUCACAGCUCAUUUGCGUUUUGAUUUUUGAAUUCCGGUCUUGUCUAUUCGUUUAGUGAAUUGGCAAUAGUCUUUUUGCUACUCUUUAACAUGCAGUUUUGUCUAUAUACCUUAUCAUUAUUGGUACCAUUUUUUUUAAAUCCAAGAAAGAAAUAUUUUUUGGAACUCUUCCUCGACCCAUUUAUUCCUAUGAAACUAUGCUCGCAGUGGAGUAGUGGUAAAGUCUGGUAUCCGCGACUGGAAGUUUUCAGGGUCGAGACCUUAUUCCUUCAAAGAGCUGCCAUGUAAACGAGUUUGCUGUACGUUAAAUCCGUCAAGGCAUAUGUUCUUCCGUGGCAUAAAUUUAGAGAAGGGUGCUGACUCAGGUGUCAUCCUUGUUAUAUGAUCUAGAAGUACGUUUGAAAUGAACUCUAGUGUUGUUUUAAAGCAGGAUGUUAAUAUAAAUAAAUUAAUCCUACAAAAACUGUUGAUUAUUCAUCACCUGUUCUUUAUUAUAUUGCUAACUGAAAGGUCACCUACCAUUCAAUAAGAUUUUAAUCUAUGAAUACUUUUCAAUGAAUGUUUCAAAAUGUCACUUUUCUAUCACUUACGAUGUUAUUACAUUUUAAUUAAAUUUCUCAAGCGCUCUAGAAUUCUUAUGUCGAAUUUUUCAUACAAGAAGAAAUAACAGUAAAAAUAUAGUCACAUUUUUUUAAAUUCGAUAGAAAAUGAUGGAUUUUUUUUUAUUUUUUGAAAGCAUGAAAGAUCGAUUUUGACGUAAAAUCAACUUAGAAACAAUGAGGGAAAUUGUUUGAUGCUUUCCAAUUAAUUGAGGGCCAACGCAUAGUGACAUGAAUGUUAUAAUAUCUGCGAUUAGAAAUUGAUUUAGAAAAUUUUAUUUCCGUAUUUGAUGUGAAAGAAAGAAGACCAAAAAGAUUCACGUCCUUUGGGAUUCCUCAUUAAAAAAUAAUCAAUAUAUCAAAUGUUUCAAUGUGUUUUCCAUUUAUAAUUCAUUAUUUAUCGCAAAGUGUUUAUGAAAUGUUAUUUGUAUAACACUUUUAAAAAACAUUCUUAGAUUUUUAUUUAUCAAGAAAAAUUGUUACUUUUCAUGAAAAUUUUAAAUUUUCGGAACAUUUAAUA